AUGGUCCUUCUCCAACAACUUCGGGUGUCUCCUGUGAUAUUCUUCCUCACCGGCAUCCCUGGGCUGGAAGCCAUGCAUCACUGGAUCUCCAUCCCCUUCUGCACAGUGUUCACCAUGGCUCUGCUAGGGAAUGGCACCCUCUUGUAUGUUAUAAAGACUGAGCCAUCCCUCCACAAGCCCAUGUUCUAUUUCCUCUCCAUGCUGUCCACCAUUGACCUAGUGCUGUCUAUGACCACCAUGCCAAAAAUACUGAGCAUUUUCUGGUUCAAUGCCCGGGAGAUUAGCUUUAGUGGCUGCCUCAUGCAGAUGUUUUUCCUUCAUUCCUUCUCCAUCAUGGAGUCAGCUGUGCUGCUGGCCAUGGCUUUUGAUAGGUAUGUUGCCAUUUGCAACCCCCUACGGUACACUACCAUACUUACCAAUGCAGUGAUAGCCAACACAGGACUUGCUGCCUUGGCCAGAGCAGUUUUUCUCACGUUUCCUCUGCCCUUCCUCCUCCGGAGGCUGCCCUACUGCCACUCCCACAUCAUUGCCCACUGCUACUGUGAGCACAUGGCCGUGGUGAAGCUGGCCUGUGCCAAUACCAAGUUCAACAAUAUCUAUGGGAUCAUCGUAGCCUUCUUUAUUGUGGGGCUAGACCUGAUGUUCAUUGGCCUGUCGUAUGUCAAGAUCCUGGGGACAGUGCUGAGCCUGGCCUCCAAGGAGGAGCGGGCUAAGGCCUUUGGCACUUGUGUUGCCCAUGUCUGUGCCAUUUUAGUAGUUUACACCCCAGUGGUUCUGUCAUCCACAAUACACCGGUUUGGCCACCGUGUGUCCCCUCAUAUCCACAUCCUUAUGGCCAAUUUCUACCUCCUCUUUCCUCCUGUGAUGAACCCCAUUGUAUAUGGGGUGAAAACCAAACAGAUUCGUGACAAGGUGCUUUUCCUGUUUUGCCACAAGAGGAUCUAA